AUGGUCAAGGUGAAGGUCCAGACGUCGCCUGCCGGCACGUUCCCCGUUGAGCUCGGCCCUGCCGUCGCCGCCAUGAAGGCGAACGCCGCCGAGACCCGCUACCCUUCUUCUUCUUCGAGAAGGUCGUCGAGGCGUUCUACACGCACGCUCACGGAGCCCAAGGACUCGUACCCCAAGAGCACGCAGCUCGGUGUCACGUUCGCCUCGGGUUACCUUGCCGGUGUCAUCUGCGCCAUCGUCUCGCACCCCGCCGACUCGCUCGUCUCGCUCAUGGGCAAGGCUGAGAACAAGGGCAAGGGCCUCGGCCAGAUUGCCUCGGAGACCGGCCUCGCCAACCUCGCCACGAAGGGCCUCGGCACGCGUAUCAUCAUGAUCGGUACGCUUACGGGUCUCCAGUGGUGGAUCUACGACUCGUUCAAGUCGGCGCUCGGCAUGGGCACGACCGGCGGUGUUGCCAAGAAGUAA